CGGAUAUGACGUCAUAUUAAAGUGCCGGUGUAACGGACAACCGGUCCGCAUUGCCGGCUGAACGCAGAAGCGUGAUAUGUGGAAGCUAUACGUUUCAGAUAUCUGAUUCUUGUUCGUGUCAGUUAGUUGCUGCUAUGAAUAAACCAGCAAUGAUAUCUGAAAUUGCUUUGAGCUUUAUACGAUAACCAUUUAAAUUGUUCAGUAUGUUCAUUACUUUGUUGUUAUAAAAGCACCAUAUCGAUGUAAUCGUCAGCUUGUUGGUUGCAGUGUUUCUGUGUUCUUAGCCAGCUUGCUGUUUUUUUCCUGGCGUAUAAGGCCAAAUUCUUUGGUAAAUAAGGAUUCUAGCUUAAGUAUCCGUCGACAUGAAGUGCUAUUACGAAGUGCUGGGAGUUAAAAGGGAUGCUGUUGAUGACGAUUUGAAAAAGGCCUAUCGGAAAUUAGCUUUGAAAUGGCACCCAGAUAAAAACUUAGACAAUGCAGAAGAAGCUGCAGAACAGUUCAAGUUGAUCCAGGCAGCCUAUGAUGUCCUCAGUGACCCACAGGAAAGAGCCUGGUAUGAUAACCACCGGGAGGCGCUGUUAAAGGGCGGAGUCAGUGGAGAGUAUGCAGAUGAUAGUAUUGACCUGCUUCAGUAUUUCACUGUUACAUGUUACUCCGGGUAUGGAGAUGACGAGGGGGGAUUUUACACUGUUUACCGGACUGUGUUUGAGUCUAUAGUGAAGGAAGAAAUGGAGCACUUCAAAGAAGAAGAGGAGGAUGAAUAUGAGUUUCCCACGUUCGGGGACUCUCAGAGUGAUUACGAUACGGUCGUGCAUCGCUUUUACGGCUACUGGCAGAGCUUCUGUACCCGCAAGAAUUUCGCCUGGAAGGAGGAGUAUGACACGAGGCAAGGUUCCAACCGCUGGGAGAAGAGAGCCAUGGAGAAAGAGAACAAGAAGACGAGGGAGAAGGCGAGGAAGAAGUACAACGAACUUGUCCGUGAGCUGGUGGCCUUCGUGCGUAAGCGGGACAAGAGGGUCCAGGCCCACAAGAAGCUGGUAGAUGACAUGAACGCAGAAAAGGCCAAGAAGGUGGAGGAACUGAGACGUAAACAGAAACUCCAUCAGGCGAAGUUGGCUGAAGACUACAAAGAGCAAAACUGGGUCUCCAUGUCUGAGCUGGAGAAGGAGCUGAAGCAGAUGGAAGCCCAGUAUGGAGAGGAGUUUGGAGAUGCAUCAGAAAGUGGGGAAGAGGAUUCAGAAGCACAAGAUGGAGAGACGCUGACAGAUGGGCCUGAAGAAAUUGUGGGAUAUUAUGAUGAGCUCUACUGCCCAGCCUGUGAUAAGUUCUUCAAAACGGAUAAAGCCAUGAAAAACCAUGAGAGGUCUAAGAAACACAGAGAGAUGGUUGCAUUGCUACGACAACAGCUUGAGGAGGAGGAAAUUAGCUUAAAUCCCAGUCCUGUUAAAAACACGGAAGAUGAUGAAGAGGAUGAGGAAGAUGAGGAAGAACAAGAAGAGGCUUCAAGAGAAAAGCUAUCUAAAAAGCAAAAAAAGAAAAAGAGACAACAGAAAACUUUGAAUAAUCAUUCAGAAGAGGAAUUGGCACCUGUCCUCACACAGUCCGUCCCCGAAGACCCUGUCCUGUCUCAUUCAGAGAAUCCGCAGACCUGCGCAGACGUGGCCUCUGAGGACACGGUGAAGAGCACGGCUGAGCCAGCAGCUGCGGACUCAAAGAGCUCCGUAAAGAUGAAGGGAAAGAAGGGUGGAAAGGAUUCAAAGAAGAACAUCAAAAUCCAGGGUGCUGUGGAGCAGGCGACAGAGAAACUGGAUCUGCAUUGUGUGACCUGCCAGUUCGAAUUUACGUCAAGAAACAAACUGUUUGACCACUUGAAGACGACGGGACACGCCACUGCUCUUUCAUCAGGUGGCGCUGCUGGGGGAAAAGCGAAAAAGGAAAAGAAGAAGAACAGAUGACCCCUGUAGUGCAGUGCCGUCGUUAUCCCAGUUCUGGGAAUACAGUGGGUUUGGCCUAAUUAAGAGAUUAUAUCAGUCUGACUGCUUUCGGCAAUUUCAUUCAGAUUUUUGUACAAUCUGUUUUAUAAUGAUACUGUAAAGAGCCUUUUAUUGAAUUUAUUCAAUAUGUCAUGCUUGUUUAUUUAUCAGACGACGGUGUAAUGUCCUACUGGUUUAUGCUGAACAGUUUGGAUUUUGUUUGAGGACAAUGAUUUAGAAGCAUUUCACUUAAUCUGUAGCCAGAUAUUGUUCUUAUGGACUGACUUAAGCACUUGCUGCUUUUCACCUAAACUGACAUCUUAUGCAGGCACUCAACAGCUCAGCUGUAGUAAUAAUAAAAAGAACUGCAGCAACAAAGUCAUUGAUUGCUUCAAAAUCAGUAAAAAUUGAUUUGCCACACAGCCAAAGUGUUUUAUAAUAAAUCGACAUCCGAAAAAUAUGGAAAA